AUGCCGGAAUGGAGCGUGGUUACAUCGACGGUUGUUCUGACGGCGUAUUCGCAAGAGGGGAGAAUCAACGAGGCAGAGCUCUUGUUUCACAGAAUGCCCACCUCCGACGUGGUUUCCACGACUGCUAUGUUAUCAGCAUAUGCCCAAAGCGGGCAUAUUCUUAAAGCUAAGAGAUUGUUCGAGAGAAUGCCCGAAUGGAACUUGGUCUCCUGGAAUGUGAUGCUCGCUGCUCACACCCAACGUUUCCAUUCUUUGGAAGCGAAGAGUCUUUUCAAAUCAAUGCCAGUCGUGGAUUUGGUGUCAUGGAAUGUUAUAUUGAAUGGAAGCUCUCUGGAAGAAGCAAGGCAAGUCUUCGAAGUCAUGCCAGAGAGAAAUAUAGUUUCCUGGAACACUAUUCUUUCCUCGUUCGCGCAGCACGGGCAUUUAGAAGAGGCCAAGCAAAUCUUCUCGGCAAUGCCGGAGCACGACUUGAAGGCCUGGAACUCGAUCCUCUCAGGCUCCGCCAACUUUGAGAAUUUUCGCGAGAUACUGCGCCUCUUUGGAGCAAUGCCUGCGAGAGAUUUGAUAUCCUGGACUGUUCUCCUGGCUGCGAACUUCCAGAAUGGUUUCGUCGAUCGGGCCACCAAGAUCCUGGAGCGGAUGGAGCAGCGAGACCUGGUUGCCUGGAGCGUGAUGCUCGCUGGCCUUGCUCACAGCGGCUACUUCCACCGAGCUAUAGAGACGUUCCACUCGAUCAAAACCACGUCUACACCUGACGAGACGUGCUUUGUGCUGGCCCUGCUAGCUUGCGGCCACGCCGGGAGGGUUUACGAUGGAUAUGCCUUUUGCACCAGACGCUCUCGAGCUGACUUCCAUUCUUCGUACCUGUCGGAGCCACGGCGAUCUUGA